AGUUUUACCGACUGUGAUCACUUCAUCAACAUUCGUCCUUGUCAUGAAACAAGUUUUUCCCCUGUUUCUUUGUCUCUUCUUUUGCAAAAUCUCCGAUGGACACACCUCGUGUGGUAAAAGAUUUUCUGACACAACGAGCCUAUUUCGUCGCAUUGUGGGAGGUACCCAGAGUGCACAGGGCGCAUGGCCAUGGCAAGUUGCUCUGCUCUUCAAUCAGACACAGUUCUGUGGAGGCUCCCUUAUCUCUCCUCACUGGGUUGUAUCGGCUACCCAUUGUUUCCACGAUUCAUAUACAUCUACAAAGCCAUCAGACUGGAAAGCGGUCCUCGGCGAACAUCAUUUGGUUGACAAAGAAGUAUUUGAGCAGAGCAGAGAAAUCGAAUCAAUUUACCUUCAUCCAAAGUACAAGUCAAUGUUCCUUGAAGGGAUUUACGAUACACCACCUGAUUAUGAUGUGGCCCUACUUCGUCUAUCAGAGCCUGCAAUCUAUGAUCAGUACGUUUCUCCAAUUUGUCUCCUUCGCCCAUCGAUGAAAUUCCCUUGGGGAAAGGAAUGCUAUGUGACUGGUUGGGGCCACACCCAAUGGAACAGCGCCCAACCUGAUAUUCUGCGCGAAGCCAAGGUUCGCCUGGUUCCACCGCAAAUUUGCAAUAGUGUCAAAUCUUACAACGGAACCGUCCAUAACAGGGCUCUAUGCGCUGGAUUCGAGAAAGGAGGCGUCGAUGCUUGUCAAUACGACAGUGGAGGUCCUCUGGCUUGCAAGCACCGCGGGCGCUUUUAUCUCACAGGGAUAGUUUCCUGGGGGCACGAAUGUGCGCGACCGCACAAAUAUGGUGUGUACGCUAAUAUGUUCAAAGUCACCAAGUGGGUGGAGGAAGUGAUGGGUACAUAUGGCUUCGUAGAGAUCUAG